CCCCUAACUUUCCCACUCUUCAAGCCCUCAUUGGAAUCUUUCUUUCUUUCUCUCUCUUAACAUUUUCUUUCACUUUCCCGAGAAAAUUCGAUAUAUCGCCGGAACUAAUGCCGGUCACCGGCGAAACCUACGACGACAACAAAAGCAACUCUAUAACUCAAAUUCUUUCAUCAAAAACACCGCUGUUCAACCUUAAACUCUACUUAGUAAUCUCCAUUCUCGUAGUCUUCAUUCUUCUGUUUUCUUUUACAAUCUUCCUGUGUUUCCGUUUAAACAGAAACUCGCGCAAGCGGAGAGUGAAGCAUAGCUUAGGUCUAAUCCCGUUGGUCUCUAAAGAGAUCGUGGAGAUAAAGGCGUUGGAUCAAAAUGUAGAUUGCUUUACUGACGAGGGUAAAACUGGAAAUGUGGUUCCCAAGAAGAGUAGCGAAGGUGUUAGCGAUGAUACCUCGGGAGCCAGUGACUUGUCGGCGGAUGUUCAGAAUAUCGGGUGGGGUCGGUGGUAUAGCAUGAAGGAGCUCGACAUGGCGACACGUGGAUUCGCCGAGGAAAAUGUGAUCGGUGAAGGUGGAUACGCCGUCGUAUUCCGAGGCAUUUUGCAAGACGGUUCUGUCGUUGCUGUAAAAAAUCUGCUUAACAACAAGGGCCAAGCAGAGAAGGAAUUCAGCGUGGAAGUUGAAGCCAUUGGCAAAGUGAGGCAUAAGAACUUGGUGGGUCUAGUUGGGUACUGCGCUGAACGUGAUCGAAGGAUGCUUGUGUAUGAAUACGUUGAAAAUGGGAACUUGGAGCAAUGGCUGCAUGGUGAUGUUGGGCCUGUUAGUCCUCUUACGUGGGAUAUAAGAAUGAAGAUUGCAAUAGAAACGGCAAAAGGGUUAGCUUAUUUGCAUGAAGGGCUAGAACCUAAAGUUGUGCAUCGUGAUGUAAAAUCAAGUAAUAUUCUUCUGGACAAAAAGUGGAACCCAAAAGUAUCCGAUUUUGGAUUAGCCAAACUCUUGGGAUCUGAGGCAAGCUAUGUGACUACACGUGUCAUGGGGACAUUUGGUUAUGUAUCCCCGGAAUAUGCAAGCACAGGCAUGCUUAAUGAGGGAAGUGAUGUCUAUAGUUUUGGAGUUCUACUCAUGGAGAUAAUUACCGGGAGAAGCCCGAUUGAUUAUUCUAGGCCACCUGGAGAGAUGAACUUAGUUGAUUGGUUCAAAGGUAUGGUAGCAAGUCGUCGUGUAGAAGAACUUGUGGAUCCGUUGAUUGAAGUUCAACCCUCAUCUAGAGCUUUGAAACGAGCAUUGCUUGUUUGUCUCCGCUGUAUAGAUUUGGAUGCCAAUAAGCGCCCAAAAAUGGGGCAGAUUGUUCAUAUGCUUGAGGCAGAUGACUUUCCUUUCUGCUCUGAUCACCGGCCUGUGCAGGAGAGAGAUACUGUUCCAUCCUCUGUGCGAACGUCCAUGAAAGUGGCACUUCUGAAGCACGUUGAGAAUGUUAAUAUAGAGAAAUCGAGAUGAAGACAUUAUGGUUCCUGAGGUAGAUUAUGUUGUAGAAUAAGUUUUUCAUUAGUUCACAUGAAAAUAUUACAUGCCUUGUAUGUGCAUAUAUGCAUAUAUAAUUUUGCUUACUUAGAUACUUUUUGUCGAUACACUGCGGCAUUUUAGAUUUCAACGAGCCUUGUAAAUACGCACUCGCCUUUCAAUAAUUUGAUGUAUGCCAGUCUGUUUAAGGAUGUCAAUCCUCUUACAUUGAUGAAACCUUGACAUACUUGGUGUCUGCCAAAGACUUGUUACACUUGUUUAAAUUCGAGUGACAAUCGUUUUUUUUUUUUUUCACUUCUGCAACAUGUUCCGAGCACCAAUUAUUAACUAAUAAGCAUCUGUAACUGCAGGUAAGUUCUUUAGAGUUUCUGCUUUGACAUUCAUGGUAUUUGAUGUGAGCAGAGGUGUAAAACUUCUUUC